AUGUGUGACCUCGACAGGUCCAAGGUGUUGGUAGCGGUUGGAGCCCUGGUUCAGUUGGGUGCUGAAAAGAAGGAGAGCAUUAUUCCUGAUGCUGAGUAUGUACACCUACAAAUCGUCCUCAAAAAGAUUCCACAGAAAGAUGUUACCCUUAAACUGAAGCUGCCACAUUCCAUCCGGCCCGUCACCUCAGAGGUCUGCCUGUUUGUCAAAGAUUUGGAUAAGUUUGAUCGGGAAUAUGAGUCAACCAUCCAUCACUUCAAGGAUUUAUUUAGCAAGAAAGGGAUCAGCUCCAUAACAGAAGUGAUUCCAUUAAAAUCCUUGAAAAUGGAAUAUAAACCAUACAAUGCGAAGUUAAAUUUAUCAAAUUCAUAUGAUGUCUUUCUGGCGGAUUCAAGAAUCAUACGCCUGCUGCCGACAGUUCUGGGAAAACACUUUUAUGGUAAAAGGAAGUCACCAAUACAAGUGAAUUUACAGGCGAAAGAUUUAGCCAAGGAAAUUGAAUCUGCCAUCAACAGCAGCAGGUGUCCUAUCAGCUCUAAGGGAUCUUCCAGUCGAGCCACUGUGGGAAAUAUGGACAUGAGCCAUGCAGAAAUUGUUCAGAACAUUCUAGCAGCAGUCAGUCAGAUAGCAGCUUCUGUCCCUGGCGGAGCCGUCAACAUUAGACAACUGAGCAUCAAGACUGGUCUGUCCAUGAGCAUCCCCAUAUACAUGGCUGAAGGCGGUCCCCAGGAUGUCACCCUCCCGAUAAAGGAGAAACGUGCUGUUGUGGAAGCUGAAGAAAUAUCAACUAUACUGGAAGCUAAAGUCAAAGUUUAUCCUGACGGGAGAAUUGCAAUCAUAAGGGAUGGUGACGACAAAACAGACACAAAAAAACGACACAGACCAUCAGUACAACCGAAAAAGAAAGGCACACAACGUCACACUAGUAUGAUGCAGCGUAGGAAGAAAACAACUCAGCAUAGGAAGAAUACAACACAGCAGAGGAAAAGUGCAACACAACAAAGGAAGAAACCAGUGCAACAAAGAAAGAGCACAACUCAAAAGAGGAAGACAGCAACAAGUCUGAAACCUGCAAAAAGGCAAAGGACUAAAUAG